AAAUAUAAGGAAAAAGAAUACAGACGAGUAUGGAAAGUGAGGACACAAAGAAGAUACAAGAAAUGAAGACUGACCUGAACUUAUUAUUGGAGUGCCUGAAGUAUCAAAUGGACAACCCUUUCUCACAAAAGGAAGCUUUGGUCACUAUUCAUUCAAUUUGUCAACAAAAUAGUAAUGCAGGUGUUUAUUUUAGGGAAAUUGGUGGUUUGAUGUUUGUAAAAAAUCUUGCAAAGUCAAGUGAACAUAGCAUGGUAAAAGAAGCAGCCUUAUACACAUUAGGAGCUGUUGCAGAACAAAAUGUUUACUGUCAGCAGACUUUGUGCACUUCAGAAUUAUUUGAAGACUUAACUUGGUUCCUAUCUAAUGAUGAUUCAAACACAAAUUUGAAAAGAAUGUCUGUCUAUGUUAUUUUGGUUCUAGUUUCAAAUAAUAGGACUGGACAAACACUUGUAAGAGAAACAGGUUGUAUUACAGUUCUGACACAGUUGUUCAGGACUGUUCUUUCAAAAUAUGAGUUGAAUUUGUCGGAUAAAAAUGCAUUCCAGAGCUAUCAGUUAUGGUCUUCAGUGUGUAGUACUUUGUGUGUCUGUGUCAACAAUCCUCAAAAUGAUGAAAAUCAAAUGCUUUGCUGUUCACUUUUUCCACAUGCCAAUGACUGGCUAAUAAAUUGUAUCAAACCUGAGAUAAUUCGCCCUGUUUGCUCAUUUAUUGGACUCACUCUUGCAAAUAACACAUAUGUUCAGAAAUACUUUAUAUCUGUGGGUGGACUGGAUGUAUUGUCUCAAGUUCUUGUGCAACUGGAAUCAGAUUCACACAAGACUCUUUCCAGUGCUAAGCUUGCGGUGGUGGUGACAAAGACAGUGGAUGCGUGUAUUGCUGAUAAUCCUACUUUUGGAAUAAUACUAUCCAAGUAUCAGAUUGUUUCAAAACUUCUGACAUUACUGCUUCAUGAAAGUCUGGAUUCAGGAGAAAAAUUUAGCAUUAUACUUACUCUUGGUCAUUGCACAGAGGAUUGUGAGGAAAAUCAGUAUGAUCUUUUUAAAAACAAUGGGCUUCCACUCAUGAUACAAGCCUUAACUGAAUCGCAGAAUGAGGAACUGAACAAAGCUGCCACUUUUGUGCUUCACAAUUGCAAAAAAAUUACUGAGAAAUUAUCUCUAAGUCUAGGAGAAUACUCUUUUGAUGAAAAUGAAGAACAAUUAAAAGACAUAAAUAUGAGAGAGAAGAACCUUGAAGAGUACUGGAAGAAGGCAAAGGAAAUUCUACACAGAAUAGAACAGCUUGAAAGAGAAAGAAAUGAGGAAAAAACACAAAGAGAAAAAGAUAAGGAUAAUGUUUCAUCUAUGAACAUAAAUAUUCAAAAUACAUUGAAACACCUCCAUGCAGAUAGUAUUGGCAGAGGUCCUACGGCAGAAGAUAAAGAUAAAAGGCAGUCGAUAAAACUUCAGAGUUAUCAGUCCCAUGGAGUUCUGUCUUCAGCAUGUACAAAUGAUCACCAGAUGAAAACCCUGUUAAAGAGUGCAAAUCCAGUUAAUGCUUGUUAUAGGGAGAGUGGGCAAAGUAAGACUUUAUGUAAAGCCAAUUCAAGCUCUAAUCAAAACUUACAUGAAGGAACAACUUUUGAAAAAAAGAAUUCUGUUUCUCAAUCAAGUGACCAUGUUUUUAAACAUCCAAUUCCCGUUGUCAAAAAUAGAAAGCAGCAGUUACCAGUAACAGAUCCAUUUACAUUAUGUUCAGAUAUAAUAAAUAAAGAAGUCAUCGGUUUUCUAGCAACUGACAAUCAUUCCAAAAUGUUAAAGUAUAGAUGCUCAGGUUGCAUAGCAGUAGGAAAAUCUCUGAAUAGCCGAAAUUUUAGCAAGCUCUUGCACUCUUGCCCAUACCAAUGUGAUCGUCAUAAAGUCAUUGUGGAAGCUGAAGACAGAUAUAAAAGUGAACUAAGGAAAUCACUUAUCUGUAACAAAAAAAUUCUGCUGACCCCACGUAGAAGACGACAACUCAGUGGUGAAUCUUCUACCUCUGGAGAAAUAAAAAAAAGAAGAAUUCGUAAAAACUUUACCAAAGAAGAAGUAAAUUACCUUUUCAAUGGAGUUAAGAAAAUGGGAAAUCACUGGAAUUUAAUUUUGUGGUCUUUCCCCUUUCAGCAAGGACGGAAGGCUGUGGACCUUGCUCACAAAUACCACAAGCUGACCAAACGUCCCAAGUGUGCAGCUCCUUGA